ACCGUUGCAAGUUUUCAAAAUACUCUCUUUCUCUCUCUCUUAAACUUUCAAAAGACUGUCUCUCUCAAGCUUUCAAUUCCGUCCUCCGCUGUCUUCUCCUCUCCGUUCUUCUCUCUGUCGUGUCCUCUCUUUCGCUGUCGAACGUUUUACGCUUAACUCAGGACAACAAUUUUUCUUCUUCAAGAAACUAGAGCCAAUAUGUCCUCGCCUAGAGAUGCAACAGAACAAAUUGAAGAAAGCGGCGAUUUGGAUGAUUGCAUGAUUUCAGAACAAAUCUCCCCAACCCAAGAUCACCCUCGUCCAAUUCUACUGAAAGUUAAAGAAUUGAGGAGCAAAGUUCAGAAUUUGAGCAGUGUCCAUGAUCAAUUGUACAAUCAAGUGAAAGGAUUCACCUCUGAAUCAUUUCCUAGUUCUGAAGUUGUUGGCGCACUUAAUGAUCUAAGUACCCAGCAAGAGGUUAUGAAAAAGAAACACAUUGAAGAAUAUGAACUUUUGAAGAAGAAAUAUCUUGAAGAGUCUUUAGAGAGAAAGCGGCUUUACAAUGAGGUGAUCGAGCUUAAAGGGAAUAUUAGAGUUUUCUGCAGAUGUAGACCUUUAAAUCAGGGUGAAAUAAAAAAUGGCUGCACUUCUGUAGUGGAUCAUGAAUCCUCGGGGGAGAACGAGCUUCAGAUCAUAUGCUCUGAUUCCUCCAAAAAGCAGUUCAAGUUUGAUCAUGUAUUCAGGCCUGAGGAUGACCAAGAGGCUGUUUUUGCUCAAACUUCCCCAAUAGUUACAUCUGUACUAGAUGGAUAUAAUGUCUGUAUUUUUGCUUAUGGACAAACUGGUACAGGCAAGACAUUUACGAUGGAAGGAAUUCCUGAAAAUAGAGGUGUUAACUAUCGAACUCUGGAGAAUUUAUUCAGGAUUUCUAAUGAAAGGUGUGGAGUUAUGAGAUAUGAAUUGUAUGUAAGCAUGUUGGAAGUCUAUAAUGAGAAGAUAAGAGACCUCCUCCUUGAAGAGAACUCCAAUCAACCUUCUAAAAAAUUGGAGAUAAAGCAGACGUCGGAUGGAGCACAAGAAGUCCCUGGGCUAGUAGAAACUCAUGUUCACAAUUCUAAUGAAAUCUGGGACCUGCUUAAGAAAGGAAGUCGAGCCAGAUCUGUUGGAUCUACUAAUGCUAAUGAGCUUAGUAGCCGUUCCCAUUGCUUGUUGAGGUUGACAGUUAAGGGGGAGAGUUUGAUAAAUGGUCAACAGACAAAGAGCCACUUAUGGCUGGUAGAUUUGGCUGGAAGUGAGAGGGUGGGGAAGAUCGAAGUAGAAGGAGAAAGACUGAAGGAAUCCCAAUGUAUAAACAAAUCCCUCUCGGCACUUGGUGAUGUUAUUGCUGCUCUAGCAUCCAAAACAGCCCAUGUUCCAUACAGGAACUCGAAGCUUACACAUAUACUACAAAGCUCCCUUGGAGGAGAUUGCAAAACUUUAAUGUUUGUUCAGAUGAGUCCAAGUUCAUCUGACUUGGGAGAAACUCUCUGCUCUCUUAACUUUGCAAGCCGUGUGCGUGGUAUCGAGCAAGGCCCUGCUCGCAAACAGGCCGACAUUUCUGAAAUUCACAAGUAUAAGCAACUGGCAGAGAAAGCUAAACAAGAUGAGAAGGAGAUGAAGAAAUUGCAAGGUAGUGUCCUGUCAUUGCAACUCAGGCUCAGCUCUAGAGAACACAUCUGCAAAAGUCUUCAAGACAAGGUUCGGGAUCUAGAGAAUCAGUUGGGAGAGGAGAGAAAAACAAGAUUAAAACAAGAAACUAGAGCUUUGGCAGCAGCAACAACAACUUCAAAAGGUGGUGCUGGUGUCAAUAAUAACAAUGGUGAAAGAAAACCGCCACUUGCUCCUCCCUUAAAAAAUAGUAGAAUGCCUUUAAGAAGGAUAACAAAUUUCUUACCUACAUCUGCUGCAUCUUAUCCUCCUCUUCCUCCUCCUUCAUCAACCAAAAACACGACAAACAACAACAGAUAUUCAAUCAUGUUUCGUGGUCCUGUUUCUUCUGUUGACAAAGAAAACCCCAUGUCAUCAGCCAUCAAAAACAAUUAUAAGAAGAAACCUUUGCAAGCAAGAAGGUGUUCUUUUGUCAUAAAGCCUUCUGCUGCUGCUGCUUCUACUAAAACGAGUCAGCCUCUUCAACCUAGAAGACGGGCAUCGGUCGCCACCUUUCGAACCGAGUCCAGCUCGAAUUCAAUGACUGCUAAUGGUUCUACUAUUACUCCACGUCGUGGCUCGGUUGUUAGAGUCAGGACAGACCGUCAGUCCUUUGUAUGGGAUCCGCAAAGGUUGUGGAGGUCGUCGAGAGUUCAAUCUUCUUCAAUGAUGCAGCAGCAGCAAGUGGGGAGGGGAGAGGUGACGCCAAUGGCCCAAAUAACUGGCAAGAGAUUCAUGGCAAGUCCUUAAUUGAGUUUUGACCAUUAUCAACUCUCUUUGAAAUUAUAUGUGUUCUUGAUUACUGAUUUAGUAAAUACCAUUUGUCACAUUCAAUGGUGUUUCUUCUUUGACAUGUAUGCUUCUUGCUUACCUAUUUCUUAAAAACAUUUAUCACAUUCAUUGGUUCUUCUGUUAAUGUGCAUGGUAUGUUUUGGCUUA